AUGUGCACGAACGCGCGCCGAGUUUAUGUAUUGAUCGACCGCCAUAUUAGUCGCGGAGUUUUCUGCUGUGAGGGUGCGUACCGAGGAUUUGAUUGCAGUCAGGCUAGUGUCAUGAAAAAAAAAGUACUCGAAGGCAUCAGGCUGGGAGGUAGGUUGAGCGAAGUUGUGGGUCCCGUCGUGGAGGAGGCCAUUGAGCCAGGGGAUGCGACCCCGCUGACGGGACCCGUAAGGGAGGUCUCUAUUCCGCGAGCGCCUCCACCACCCCCGCGAAUCACGACUCCGAGUCCUCCGCGGCCGCCACCUCCGCCUCCGCCGCCUCAACAGACCCAAGUGAGGAUCCAGUCCCAGGAGCAAAUCCAGCCUUUGGUCCAGGUCCAGGUCCAGAUCCAGGAACAGCCAUUGCAAGUUCACUACGCCAAUCCCUCGGAAACGGUGAUCACGCAGACAACUACCGGGUUGACUCUCACCAAAAGCCACAGCUCCGCUCAGAUAAAUCAGCACCAGCUCCACCACCAGACCAGCGAGCCCAACAACCUCACCAUGGGCACCGUCCUGUCUUUCAGUCCCAAAGAGCGGAGGAACUCCUCGGUCUACCCGCCGAUCGGCAGCCAGCAUGCCAAUGAUUUUACUCUCAAUAAUUUUAAUUAUGAGCAGCUCAACAAUGCCAAGAACAGGGAGAACAAAAAUGUCGCGGCCGUCGCUCCUGCUCCUGGGAACAACACUUCGCUUCAAAAUAAUAAUAUUAAUUUGAACAACGACAGCGCGAGGAUCAUUUCGGAGAAAAAUGCCCUGGAGAAAAAUUUGAAGAAACACUCGUUGUUUAUUAAUGCGUUGUCCUGGAGACGGUUUAGCACUACUAAUAAUAAUAAGAAGAAACUUGAUAAUAAUAAGAACAAGAAUAUCACUUUUAGACAGCCGCUGGAUAAUAUUCCGAUUGUUGAUAAGAACAAAAAUAUUCAGACGCCUCAGACAAAAGCACCAGCGUCGAACAACAAUCACACGACGCACAAUUUAAAGUGUGAGAAAAUAUCGGAGCGACCUCAGCCAGCAGGGCCAAGGAAAACCGUGAUCCAGGCCUCUACUUCCGAGCUGUUGAGGUGUCUCGGAGUUUACUUGCACGGGAAAUGCACAAGGUUGAGAGAUUUCCAGGCUGGGGACGCUGUCAUGUGGCUCAGAACUGUCGACAGGAGUUUGCUGCUUCAAGGAUGGCAGGACGUCGCGUUCAUAAACCCGGCGAACGUGGUGUUUGUGUACAUGCUGGUUCGCGAGCUGGUGGACGGAGAGGAAGCGUCCGAGCGCGAGCUACAGGCGACCGUCCUGACGUGUCUGUACUUGAGCUACAGUUACAUGGGGAACGAGAUCAGCUACCCCCUGAAGCCGUUUCUGGUGGAGGAUAGCAAGGACAAGUUCUGGGACCGGUGCCUGCUGAUCGUUAACCGACUGAGCUCCAAGAUGCUGCGCAUCAACAGCGAGCCCGGAUUCUUCACGGAAAUCUUCACCGAGCUCAAGGUAUAUGACACCCCCUGGAGGCGUCCGCCUGCGGAACCGGAGAACGCGGGAGUCUUACUGGUGGGGGUCUCGAGCGAAGUCUCGUCGUCUCCGGAGUCGCGGUUCCAACCAAGGCAGCUUGACAAAGCUACAGAGAACUCUUGGGCCGGAUCACCAGAAACGACAGCCAUCUCGAGCCCAUCUGACAUCCCGCAGUUCGAGGAGGAGUCGCGUUCGCGGCCUGACGUGUCGCUGACUCCGUCGUCGUCACCGCCGGUCCCGUCCACCUCAGGAGCCUCAACAUCAGCCCAGCAGCGCCACCACCUCUUCCUCCAGCCUCCCGAGCGCCCAGUCUUGCAGCGCCGCAGAAGCAGUGCCGGGUUGUCAGGACGCUGUCCAGAUUGUGGUAAGAAGCGCGAGGACGCCAUUUCGUACACGAUCGAGGACCUCGACGCGGUCGAUUCCGCGCCUCUAGAGAGUGUCUUCAAGGGACUGGUCUGCACUUGCGACCAAAAGGCGCCACCUUGUCCUCCCGACGUCUCCCCGCUCUUCAAGAAGCCUCACCCUGACUUGAGGAAGUACCGGAGCGUCGAGACCUCGGCUUCCAGGUGGGGGAGCAACUACCUUUCUCCCGACGACAUCUGGGACCUGAAACGUCCGAGCUCCGAGGAGAUUACCGAGUACCGGUGGGAACUCAGCACCUCCAGGACCGACGUUGACCUCAACCGUCGCACCAAGUGCAGUUGUCAUGACCUCACUCCCGAGGAAAAGCGGCACCCCGACCGCGGGGACCUUCGGAAGCACCACAGUGCUGAAACCGACAAAUGGUCCCUCAGGCCCGAUCACCUCAGUCCGCCUCACGACCUCAGAAAACACUCGAGCGACGCGUCAGGCAUGGCCCGGGACGGUCCCCAACCAACGGCCAAGACCCUCAAGGUCCCCGAAGUUUUGCCGAACCCGAAGCCAAGGUGCACUUGUCCGAAGCCGAAGACCUUGAGCCCUUCCCCGGUCAAUGAAAGGGCCCAAAGGUUCCAGGACCAGGAAAACCGGGUCCUCUUUUCCAAGUCCUUGACUCCUGAAGAGGAAGCAGCCUCAGAGCGCCCGGAAUUGAAGAAACACGCCAGCGAAGAUGUUCGGCCGGUCAAGAAAGAACGGGGAAGGUUGGUCAAGGAAAAGGCUAUCGUUGGAUCGAUAAAAAAGCCCGAAAGAGAGGUCACCAAUCCUGAUGAACGCAAGGCUCAAAGGUCCAGGUGGGCCGGAAUGACCCACUUCUCGCUCCAGCCGGAAAAGAAAGAAAUAAAGUACGGAGAUCCCAAAAGCAAGAGCCUAAAGGAAAAGCAGAGGUACAGUGUCAGGAGAAGCUUGUCCCCUGAACCGGACCCGCGAGCUAUCGUCAGGGUCAACAGCAAGAUUGUCAAGCGGCUGAUUUCACCGGAAAUCACGAUCACUGACGCCAAGUGGGCGCCUUACGAGGGGUACUCUCCUUUACCAUGCGUCGGGAUCAAAACUCGCGAGCCCAAAAGGAUCAGCGAGAUAAAAUGGACGCCCUACGACGGGUCUGCUUCGGAAUUGAGCAUCCUGGAGGUCCCUGAAGAAACUGAGGCGAACGACGAGUACCAUAUCACGCCGACUUGCCACCCACCGCCGAGAGCUACUGAGCUGAAGGAGGAAGAAACUGACGAGGAGCGAGAGCGCUGGAGGUUUUUGAACCAGAUCUCACCGUUUCCGAUCUACCAGGGCGCGUGGAAAGAUGAGUCGCCUGAGCAGUCUCCCCAGAGGGUGAUCACCCCGGAGGACCUGGAACCUCCGAUUUGGAAGCCCAUGGAACCUAGUCCUGUGAGGGCGCGCACUCCUUCGCCGGUUUAUCAAGAACCUGUCAAGCCUGUUAAGCCUUCCAAGGAGUCCAAGCGGAAGAAGUUCAGGGGAAAGGCGGAGAGCGUCCAGUCGAGGAAGGAAAGCCUCCUGGUGCCACCUACGGUGAUCGUCAGGGCGGCCAGUGAGGAAACUAAGCGGCAAAGGCCAGCCUUGACCAGGUCGAAUGCUUUUCUGGAGCUGCCACGUGGGAAAGGGUUCGAUCCUACCAAGCGGUCGCUCAGUGAGGAAGUUCCCAGGUCCAGGGCUCGGGAGGCUCAUCGCGGACCCAGCAGGGCCAAGAGUGAGGAAGCUUCUAGGAAUCCGUGGGGUGAUGAGGGGGAAGUUCGCCAGUAUGUAACGACUGUUUAG